GUGGUGAGUGGAGUAGGACCGUGCCCCUGGCUCCUGAGGCCCCCUCUCCCUCCCUGCCAUGGGCCUCUGAGCAGGUGAGGGCCCUGAUGGGGGCCAUGUGGGGGAGCUCAGGGCAUGCCAUCUGCCCCACAGGGGCAUGCUCAGAGUUCAAGUUCAAGGGUUCAGGGCUGGGCUCAGCCUCUCUUCUGCUCCUGGGGAGAUCAUUCAUGCUUCCUCUAAUCCGUGCUGCAACUGAGACUGGAAUUUGGAGUUUGACCAGUGAGGAGGCUGUCAGCACCAUGCCGUGCAGGAGGUAGGGCCACCACCGUCCUCUGGCUGCGAGGCAAGAGGGGCCCAGGAGUCUCCCUUCUCCGAGCCAUCUCUACCUACUGCUGCCUUGAAGCCAUCGACGGGCUCCAGGGCAGGUAGGCCCUGUAUCCAGGGGAAGACCUGGCCGCCUCCGUCCGGUUGGGCGGCUUCCCCCAGCAGCGUCGGGCAUCGUGAGCUUGAGCCAGCCCCAAGCCCGGCUUGUGGCUGUGGGCCGAGCCGUUUCCUCCACUGCAGGUGAGCUCAGAAGAGUGGCAGGAAAGAGGGAUUGAGAGUUUGUUCAGGACCAUGGAGAGCAGCCCCAGCGGCCCUCAGCCCACGCAGUCGAAUCCCCCGGAGACAUUUCCCCAGAGGAGCAUGGAGCCAGCUGACAUCACAGUGUUGGUUCUGUACUUCCUCUUUGUCCUGGCUGUUGGACUGUGGUCCACAGUGAAGACCAAGAGAGACACAGUGAAAGGCUACUUCCUAGCCGGAGGGAACAUGGUGUGGUGGCCAGUGGGUGCGUCCUUGUUUGCCAGCAACGUCGGAAGUGGACAUUUUAUCGGUCUGGCAGGGUCAGGUGCUGCUGCAGGCCUUUCUGUAACUGCUUAUGAGUUAAAUGGCUUAUUUUCCGUGCUGAUGUUGGCUUGGCUCUUCCUGCCUAUCUACAUCGCUGGACAGGUCACCACGAUGCCAGAGUACCUAAGGAAACGCUUUGGCGGCAACAGAAUCCCGAUCACCCUGGCUGUGCUCUACCUGUUCAUCUACAUCUUCACCAAGAUCUCGGUGGACAUGUAUGCAGGCGCCAUCUUUAUUCAGCAGUCUUUGCACCUGGAUCUGUACCUGGCCGUAGUGGGGCUGUUGGCCAUCACUGCUCUAUACACUGUUGCAGGUGGCCUGGCUGCUGUGAUCUACACGGAUGCUCUGCAGACUCUGAUCAUGCUUAUAGGAGCGCUCACCCUGAUGGGCUACAGUUUUGCUGCAGUUGGUGGGAUGGAAGGCCUCAAGGAGAAGUACUUCUUGGCCCUGCCUAGCAACCGGAGUGGGAACAACAGCUGUGGGCUGCCCCGAGAAGACGCCUUCCAUAUAUUCCGAGACCCGCUGACAUCUGAUCUCCCAUGGCCCGGGAUCCUAUUUGGAAUGUCCAUCCCGUCCCUCUGGUACUGGUGCACGGAUCAGGUGAUUGUUCAGCGGACUCUGGCUGCCAAAAACCUAUCCCAUGCUAAAGGAGGCUCUCUGCUGGCUGCGUACCUGAAGGUGCUGCCCCUUUUCAUGAUGGUGUUCCCUGGAAUGGUCAGCCGUGUCCUCUUCCCAGAUCAAGUGGCCUGUGCAGAUCCAGAAAUCUGCCAGAAGGUCUGUAGCAACCCCUCUGGCUGCUCUGACAUCGCGUAUCCCAAACUUGUGCUGGAACUCCUGCCCACGGGCCUCCGUGGGCUCAUGAUGGCUGUGAUGGUGGCGGCGCUCAUGUCCUCCCUCACCUCCAUCUUUAACAGUGCCAGCACCAUCUUCACCAUGGACCUCUGGAACCAUGUCCGGCCCCGGGCAUCUGAGAGGGAGCUCAUGAUCGUGGGCAGGGUGUUUGUGUUGCUCCUGGUGCUCGUCUCCAUCCUCUGGAUCCCGGUGGUCCAGGCCAGCCAGGGCGGCCAGCUCUUCAUCUACAUCCAGUCCAUCAGCUCCUACCUGCAGCCACCUGUGGCUGUGGUCUUCAUCAUGGGGUGUUUCUGGAAGCAGACCAAUGAAAAGGGUGCCUUCUCAGGUCUGAUCUCCGGCCUUCUCCUAGGCUUUAUUCGGCUGGUCCUGGACUUUAUUUAUGUGCAGCCUCGGUGCGAUCAGCCGGAUGAGCGCCCAGCGGUGGUGAAGGAUGUCCACUACUUGUACUUCUCCAUGAUUCUGUCUGCAGUCACCCUGAUCACUGUGUCCAUCGUGAGCUGGUUCACAGAGCCGCCCUCUAAGGAGAUGGUCAGUCACCUGACCUGGUUUACUCGUCAUAACCUCAUGAUUCAGAAGGAACUGGGGCCACCAGCAGCUCCCCUCCCUCUUACCCUCCCCCAGAACGGGACACCGGAGGCCAGCAGCACCAACAUUCAGCUGGAGACUAUUCAAGAAAAUGUGUCCAAAACCCACAGCUGUGACAUGACGCAAAAGCAGUCCAAAGUGGUGAAAGCCAUGCUGUGGCUCUGUGGAAUGGAGAGCAGGAGCAAGGAGGAGCCCCCAAGCAAAGCAGACCGGGUCAUAGUGUCCUUGGAAGAAAACCCCUUCGUGAAAGCCCUCCUGGACGUCAGCCUCAUUGUCUGCAUUAGCUGCGCUAUCUUUGUCUGGGGCUACUUUGCAUAAUGUGGGGUGACUGCAGGGGUCCAAACUCUCCAUUUGUUUCCAAUGCCCCAUUUUUUUUUUAAUGAAAGAAAAAUCAUAAUAAAGCUUCAUUUGUUUACUAUGAGCCUUCAAAGGUGUUUACAGGCCAUUUUCAACAUGACAUUUAACUCUUUUCUUCUUCGAAAGGAAUGACGGUUAGAAACUGGAAAAGGAGAGAAGCAUAAAAACUUCUUUUCCCCAAAAGGCUACUUCUUCACAAUCCCUGUCCAUCAGGCAAUAUCAAGAGCCAGCUUCAAACAGAUAAAUAAGCAAAGACCCACGAACCCUCCCAGCCCAACAGCAGCCCCAUCUCCCGGGUGGGGAGUGUUAGCCCUUGAACUUUCACCAGCUCACCUUCAAAAUGCAAGGAAUGGGACUUGAAUACUAUCUCUUGCCUUCCACUCCUGCCGGCUUUGGGUGAAGGAAUAGCUGGUCCCCAAAGGUUUCCUCAUUGCAAUCCUUGCUCCUUGAUAUUCUCUCUGGGAAAUAGACCUGAGUCGGUUCCCUGGAUUCUUGUGCUAUAAGAAAACCAAGGAAUUGUGUGCGCUUCCCAAGGUCUGGUGUAGACUGUUUCCCUGCUUGAUUCUCCGCAGUGCUGCUUCCCGACAACAAGCAUCCAGAAGGAUGAGCACCUCCACGACGACUCUCUACUGGCUGAGGGCAGUGGGGCUUUUGACCAGAAGAGCAGCCACCUCUGUUCUGGAUAGAGCCAGCCAUCCUAGUUUCUCUAUUCUGGGCCCUGAUGGGAUCUGAUGGAAUGACUUGUAGGGUCUGUGUUUGCAGCAUACACAGCUGAGUUAGUUCUGAGACCAUCUCUGGAGCAGCCCAGGGCCAUGAGCUAUUAUUCUAGUCUUAGGAUAAAGGGAGCUAAUGGCGAGGAUUGGAACAACUUGCUAGCCUGACAGAACUGGAGAAUUGGAACAGUAUCUCAAUUUCCAGACUUCAAAGGAAUAUGGACAGGAAUCCCUGGGCUAAGGAGCCACCAGCUCACCUGUCACUCAGUGCCAUCUUUUGAAUUCCUACUUGAUGCUCUCAACACCUGGGACCAGCCUGGUCCAAAGGUAAAUGUAUUAGCUGGGGCCCUACCCUUUUGGAGGCCUGAUCCAAAUGGUAGCUGUGGGUUGGACUAAGGCACACUUCAGCCAGCCUAGAAAAGGUGUGUGUGAUGACUGCUUCCUAAUGUCGCUAGGAUCCGGCCCCCCAUAACUGGCUCCUGGCAGGAGCCUGAGAUGGGUUUCUGAGGAACUGGGCUUGAGGGGAGGCUGAGCGUCCUCUCCAAGAGUGAAGCAGAGGAGUGGAGGCUCUAGAGGCUCCACUGGAGUCCAGAGCACCCUCCCCGAAUCACCCCCCAGUCAAGCUCCAGUGGCUGCACUGGCCCGUCACACCCAGGCCUCUGCUGCCUCCGGCUGGGUCAGAAGUGUGUUUCAGUGGGAGUUAUCAGUUUGGAUGUUCAGCUCACUGCCACCUCGCUCCUGGUUCACUAACACCAGCCUCACACUGGCCUUCCUGCCUCUACUCUUGACCACUGACCAGUCAUAGGGAGAGAGAGUGAAUCUGAUCAAGCCACUCCUCUGCUCCUUCAGUGACCUCCCUAAACUCCCAGGAUGAAGUCCACAUUCCUUACUAGGAAUGACAAGCCCCCUGAUGGCAAGGCCUCUCUCUGGUUUCAACUGAUUGCUCUCCUUCCACAGACUAAGGUGGUAUCAUAUUCAUGCUUUCCCACUCCUGUGCCAAACACAGUGGCUGGCAUACAGUGGGCCCUGAAACAUAUGAGUAUAAAUGUCCAAUAAAUGGGUUUUUGCCUCUGCUCUUCCCUUUGCCCAUACUAUCCCUCUUUCAUCUUCUGGCUCAUUCCUAUUCUAGGUGCAUCUUAAGCAUCACUUCCUCCAGGAAGCCUUCCCUGAUUAUCCCAUUCCUAUUAUGACAUGUGCCUUCAAAGCAAGUAUCACACUAUAUUAUCAAUUGCUUGACUGCCUUCCCAACUUCAGGGAAAGUUCCACAGUGGCAGUGUGUCACUCACACUUAGGCCUAGCACAGUGCCUGGUGAGGGAAUGAACAACGACCUUCAGAACCCAGAUACCCUCUCACCUCCACCAGCCACACCCCUCCCAGGCCCGGCUUCUGCCUAUGACCAAGGAACACCCACUAUUCCUGCCCCAGUUCAGCUCCCUGGGGUCUGAGCUCAUGGGGGUGACCCACUGGCAGGACAGUUAUCUUUGGAAACUAUGCCACCUCAAAGCCCUCCUGGACAAGACAAUGGCCUCUAGAGCUGCCCUUCUGAUCAGUUCUCACCUUUGAGAAAGGCCCACAGUCAGCAAAUCAUGUGACUCUGCCUCCCUAACGACCAUGAGCUGAUCUGCCCCCUUCACUCCCUCCCUGCUGCCUCUAUGUUAAGCUAGGCUGGUAUCAGCUCUCUCCUAGAGACUUCCUGCCUCUAGUCCUGCUCCACACCAGUCUGUGUUCUGUAUCAGAGCCACCGGGGUCUAAACUACUGACAGGGCUGCUGCUGCCUUCCAGCGGCCUGAGCAGCUCCCUAGCCUUGGACACCUCCUGGACAUGAGCUCUGAGGCCCCUGGUAUUCCAGUGCUUCCUGGCCUCACCAGCUUUGUUCCUUGCCUGCUGCCGCCUCCCACUCUGUUUUGUGCUGGCUCUCACCCCACAGCUGCUGCUCAAGCUCUUCCUUCUGUCUUAAGUGCACAGCUCCACCCUCCAAUCAGCACCAGGAGCUUAGGCCUUCCUCUUGUGCUCCCUCGGCUUCUCCCUCUCCACAGCACUCUGUUUCCCGGGUGUGCCUUCUGCUUCCAUGUCUGUAGGGUUCGCAUUGGCUCCCCAGGGUCCCCAGGGUCUAGGCCAGUAUAUGGAAGAGCAAACCCUCAGUAUUUACCUGGAGGACACACAGCAAUUACUUAAAGACCUCACUUCAAUUCUAAGGGUCUUUGUGUGAAAACAAAAAUAUUGACUUUCUACCAUUAAAGGACAUGCAAAUGUUUUUCUGGUCAAAUAUAAUUUAUUGAUGUGCAUAAAAACUCAAAUUAAAUACAAGCAGGGUGAAAGUGGAACCCUGGUUAAUUUUUUCAUUCAAGAAAAAAUGUGGCUCAAAUAUACCCCUCACUUGUGACGUAACUUGUGAUGACAUUUUGAUGUGUGUGGUUGAGGGACCCUGAGGUGACCCUCAGUGAUGCCCACCUGCUGGUGUUCAUGUCCUGGUCUAAUUCCCUCCCCGAGUGUGGAUGCACCUGCUUCCAGCCAGUCGUAUACGGCAGAACAGAUGCACUGUCAGUCUGUGAUUACAUCACAUCAGGUAAGACCAUCUUGCUAGUCUGCUAGACUGUAAAGGAUUGCAGGCUUGAUGAGGUAGUGGCCACAGUGGAGAAGCCCAUGUGUCCAGGAACUGCAGGCAGCCUUUAGGAGCUGAGGAUGGCCUCCAGGUGAUGGUCAGAAAGGAGCCAGGGCCCUCAGACCUUGUGCUUCCAUGACUACGAGGACAUGAAUUCUGACAACCUGAGGUAACUUACACAUCGAUCUUUCCCUAGUCGAACCUCCAGAUAAGACCCCAGCCCUGGCCGGCACCUUGAUUGUCAGCCUGAGACUCUAUGCAGAGGACCCAGCUAAGCUGGCCUGGACUCUUGACCCACAGAAACUGUAAGGUACUAGAUGUGUGUUGUUUUAAGCUGCCAUUUGUGGUCACUUGUCCAGUGGCCAUAGGUAACUGACACAGUGUGUGUGGUUUGUGAACGUGUGUGCAUAUGGGAUGGAGAGCAUGUGGGCAGAGGAGAGUUCACCUGCAAAGCCACAAGAGGUCAGUAAAGCUGUGUAGCUGAGUGAGCAGGUGGGGACAGCCUUUUAGGAGAGCCUCUAGUAGGAGUCAUUUGGUUGCAGGUAAUAGAAACAAACCCAAGAAAGUUCAUGCAAAAAAAAAUAAAAAAGGCAAUUUAUUGUCAAGGGGUGAAGCCAGGAAACGCAGAACAGCCUCAAGGACCCAGAUGGGGUGUGGGUGGGAGGACGGGCUGCAGAGACACCUCUAAAAGUGGCAUCCAGAGACAGGUGCCCUGACUGCACCUUCCGCCUUGCUCCCCCCGAGCUGGCAGCUUAGGCGGCCCGGGUCAUGUCACUUUGCCUUUUGGUUGCAUCAGAGCAGGCAGAGUCACCAUCCAGCAGGCCUUCCCUCCUCCCCAGCUCUGUCACUACAAUAUUAGAAAAAUGGAAGCCUCUGGCUUAGAAAUAUCCGUCAGUGAGGUACCACCCAGCCCAACGCAAGACCCCUAGACUGUGAGUCAGAGAUCACCUGCGAUCCUGGACUGAAGACAAGGUAGAACGGGAUCUGUGAACAGAGGGAGAAGUUUCUGGAAUCCAGUCACUACCAGGCCCACAGUGCAGGUGGGAAAAUGGGGGAAUUGAUCACAAGCAGAGAAGCCAGAAGGAGGGUUGAUCUUAAGACCUUCAAGUACAAGCACUUGUGGGACUCACUGGACUCGGGGAAGCACUAGGAGCUGGAGUCCCAAGAAGGGGUCAAGGGUCCACCUACGGAGCCCCCAGGAAACCAGGUCCACCAAGAAGGCCCAGGGGUUCAGUCCCUCCACUCACCUGACUCUUGGGAAUUCACAGGGUAGAACCCAGCACAAUUAAGGCAGCCAGAUGCCACCCAUCCCCGACCCCCUGUGGUCUCCCAGUGGCAGGUGGACAGGCGCUGAAUGCCGGGUGUGGGGAGAGGAAGGGACCCUGCCCUGGGGUGGCUGGGUGUGGGCGGCGGGAACAGGGGCCUGAGCACACACGCUGGGCCCCCUGAAACAGCAGCUCUGCAGGGCAGGGAAGAAGCAGCCCAAGGGGCAUGGAGCCGGCAGCACUUUCCUGGCUGCGGGGUGGCCCCGACUUCCCGCUGGACCCCACCUGACAGUGGGCUGGGUGAGAGGAGGUGACAGCGACGUGGCGACCUGGAGAUGCCUCCACUGUGAUGUACUGAUGGCCCCAAUUGCACCGAGCCCCACGACUGGGCUCACCC